CUGCGUAGGAGAUACCAGAGUUAUCUAGAAAUGGAAAAUGGCGGUAGCUGAUAGCGGUGUACAGAGAUAUUUAUUUUUAAUUGUAUUUUUUGGAAUAUUUAGCACCGUAAUUAUAGAAGCACUAAAAUGUGAUGAGCAAGGGAAGUUUGGUUGGAGAUGUAGAUUUACCUGCAGGUGUUCAGAUGGACAGGAUUGUGAUAAAGAUACUGGGCAUUGUGUGAACGGUUGUGCCCAGGGAUACUAUGGCACUGGAUGUCAAUUUAAAAAUGAAUUUAUUUAUGGCGGAAAAAGAGGCAAAAGGUAUAUGGGACUCAUUGACCGAACUGGCAACAAUAAAAAAUGUUUGAGUUGGGAUGAUUUUAAAGUAAGAUCAGAACGAAAGACCUUUCGCAAGAACAACUUCCCUGAUCAGGAAGUGCCCGGACCUUACUGCAGAAACCCCCUCGACCCAGAUCAUAAAGCUUACUCUGAAUCUCCAUGGUGCUACACUCUCGAUAAUAAAACAGAUACGAUAGAAUUUGACUCCUGUACACAGUUAAAAGUAACAGAAUGUCCUGAUUUUCUGUUUGGAGAAGAGUGUGAAAAAGAAUGUCACUGUUCUAAUAUAUCAGAGGCGUGUGACAAGAGCACUGGCUACUGUCAACAUAAUUGUCAUGCUGGAUGGACGGGUAUUGACUGUAAUCAUCCAUGUAUGUAUGACAAGUAUGGUAUAGACUGUCAGAGAUCAUGUGGACAUUGUCAGUUUGAUUCAUGUGAUCACGAGACGGGCAAGUGCUUAAAGGGCUGUAAAUCAGGAUUCCAGAAUGUUUAUUGUACACAGAAGUGUGGUCAGGGUGUUUAUGGAGUUAACUGUAGAGAAAGAUGUGGUCAGUGUAGAAAUGGCGACUGUCACCCGGAGACCGGAGAAUGUGUUGGAGGUUGUCUCCCUGGUUACAUUGGAGAUCUUUGUAAAGAUAGAUGUCCAAAUGGGAAGUAUGAUAUUGAAUGUUCCGAAAGAUGUCCCUUCUGUUUAAACAGAGGCCCAUGUCAUCCAGAAACAGGAGUGUGUGAAAGAGGGUGUGCACCAGGAUAUAAGGGGAAAAGCUGUGAUAUGGAAUGUCCGGAUGGGUUUUUCGGAUCUAACUGUACUAAGGAGUGCGGGCACUGUUUAUCAGGUCAACCAUGUGACAAGUACACCGGUCAGUGUAUAGAGGGAUGUGAUAAAGGAUAUACGGAAUGUGAAGUUGAGGUGAAGGAAAGUUCUGUUGUUGGAGGUGUGGUAGGAGGGGUGAUUGCUGUUGCUGUUAUAAUAAUACUUGCCGUUAUUCUUCUACUUGUAUACAGGAAGAGAAGGUUUCGCACUAAGAUGAUCGUGACAGGUCAUGGUCAGGACCUUAAAAUGACCACAACCAAAAAUGAUCACGUGAUUGAUAAUGUAGAGGAGACUAGCAUGUUAUUACGAUCUACAUCUGCAACAGAGAUAGACAGACAUGUAGAAGAGGAAGAUUGUGCUGACAAUAUAUAUGACAAGACAACACAUGAACCUAUCUAUGUUAAUGUGAACACCAAAAACUUACGCAAUCCCAUCAAAGUAGAAGAUCUACAGUCAUUUAUAAACAAAGCCAAGGAUAAUGAUUAUGCUAUAAUCAGGGCUGAACAUGGGGAUUUACCCACUGGUUUGUUGGCGUUGUGUCAUACAGCAUUAAAACCGGAGAAUAAAAGCAAGAACAGAUAUGCUGAUAUAAUUGCCUAUGACCAUUCUAGAGUAGUGCUGUAUCCACUUCCGCAUGAUCCACAUUCUGACUAUGUUAAUGCUAAUUCUAUAGAUGGUUACAGUUCCAAGAAAGCUUAUAUAGCAUCACAGGGGCCUAACAAAGCAAUGUUGGCAGAUUUUUGGAGAAUGAUCUGGCAAGAGAAAGUGACUAAGAUAGUCAUGCUGACAAAUCUUGUAGAAACAUAUAAGAAAAAGUGUGAACAAUAUUGGCCAUCAGAAGGCAGUAUAACAUAUGGUGAUGUUACGGUGGAGAUGAUAGAUACAGCUGAAUAUACUGACUAUAUUAUCAGAACUUUUACAAUAUCUGCUUCCAAAAGUACACGUAUUAUAAAGCAGUUUCAUUUCACGUCGUGGACCGACCAUGGUGCACCUACGUAUCCAACAACACUUCUCAACUUUCGUCGUAAAGUUCAGCAAUAUAAUCCAGACAGUAACUCUCCUAUUAUGGUUCACUGCAGUGCCGGUAUAGGACGUAGCGGUACAUAUAUAGCAGUAGAUUAUCUGUUACAACAAGCUAAAGCUGAGGGAGUUAUAGAUCUGGUACAAUGUGCUCAACUUAUGAGAAGUAACAGAGUCAAUAUGAUACAAACUUGGCAACAGUACAGUUUUGUUUAUGAUGCUGUGCUAGAUGCCUUGUUGUCAGGGGAGACAACCAUUCCAAACUCUACAUUCUCAGAGGUGUAUGAAGAAAUGUGCACUUUAAAACCAGAAACCUCGUCCACCCUGCUAGAGGACCAAUUUGAUACAUUAGAGAAGUUGUCACCCAGGAUAGAGAGAGAUGAAUGUAAGGCAGCGACAGAUUCGAACAACUCUCCAAAAAGCCGCUUCAAGAAUAUUUUACCUGCGGACAGAUUUCGACCGAAGCUUCUCACGCCAGUUGAGGGAUGUAAUGAUUUUAUCAAUGCUGUCUUCCUACCUAGUUACACACAGAGAGAUGCAUUUAUUGUAACACAGAUGCCAUUACCUAAUACUGUAGCAGAUUUCUGGAGGUUAUUGUAUGACUAUCACUCAGAUACAGUUGUCAUGUUGAAUGAAUUUGACAGGAAUGAUAAGUCAUGUGCCCUGUAUUGGCCAGAGGAAUAUGGUUAUACUGUAGAGUAUGGUCCACUCAGUAUAGAACUGUUGUUCUCCUCCGAGGCUGACACAAAUAUUACUGUGAGGACAUUUAAACUGACUAACACUAUCAAGGGUGAGGACAGAGCAGUUAAACAGUUUCAGUUUAAUGGUUGGCCAGACUACAAGAGUGUCCCUAUGGGAACGUCAGGUUUACUUAGACUGUCUGAUGCUGUACAAGAAUGGACAAGACAGAAUGGGAAAGGGCCAGUUACUAUACAUUGCAUGAAUGGAGCGAGCAAGAGUGGUAUAUUUUGUGCCUGUAGCUUGUUAUUUGAGAGGAUGAGGAUAGACCUUGAAGUGGACGUCUAUCAAACUGUCAAACAAAUCAGGAUUAACAGACAUCACUUUGUUGAAAAUAUGGAGCAGUAUCAGUAUUGUUACCAGAUGGCGCUAGCUUACCUAGAGAGACAGCCGUUGGGAAUAGACAGACAGACGGACAGACAAAACAAUGAUAGUAUAGACAGUGGUAUACAGGAUAAACUGUCCUGAUAAUGUCACAGAUUUUUUAGAUCUACUAGAUAACUCUGUUCAAUGUCUGGUUGCUAUGGAAACAACUAAACAAAAGAAGUCUUAUCCUUGUUGAAGUGCUUUAUGAUCAAAAUGCUAACUAAUAUGUUGUAUUGACUUUAAAAUAUACUUUAGUUAGUAAUAGAGCUUUAAGUUUUAAUUUCCUCUAUAUCGAUAACUGGCCUAAAUAAUGUACAAAGCUGAUUUUAUACUGUUGACAUAGACACAAACAAUGUCUUUAUAACCAUUCUUAAUUUAAAAAUGAACCCAUGCAUGUACAUAAAUGCAUUUAAUUUGGCUUUUCGUGCUUUUUCGAGUCAUAUAUUCUUAUGAAUGUUAACUGGUGGUAGAUUUAAUGAGUAACAAUUUAUAUAAAUGGUGAACCUCUACUAUUCAUUUAAAUGAAGUUGAGGGCCCAUCACAUAUCAUAGUGCCAUAAGAAAAAAAAAAUUAAAUAUAUUUAAAGAGUUUAUUAUUAAACACUUAAUAGCCCUUUUUUAAACAUUUCCAUAUUUUAUAGUAUAUAUAUUUUUUUAAUUUCAUGUCCACAAUUUCUUUUUGAAAUACAAAUUCUUUAUACUUAGUAACAUCCAGUUCUCUACUAGUUUAUGUUGGCCAAGAAUUUUGAUCGAAUUUCAUGCUGUGACUAAGGUUUGAUUAAAUUUUAGAGUAGAAAGAUAAAGGUUUUUAUACUUAACAUACAUGCUGUAUGGCAGUUGCAUAUUCAUAUUUGCCUUACUGAUAAUUACUAUUGUACUGUAUUUUAAAAGAUACUUCAAAUAUACUGACAUAGCCUAAGCAAAAGCAUUUACUUCUAGUCAGAUUGCUAUUUUCCUACAAUUGUCAUUAUGGACAAAUCGUUUGUCUUUGACACUUUAAAUUUCUACUUGCCCAUCCAUACUUUGUCAUUGAUGUUUUGUUUUUGAAAAAUAUUUUCCUAGUACAGUUUCUAAUGAACAUCAUGAUCUAAGAAAAAAGAAACAACAAGAAUGAUUUAUCGGAAAUGAAUUAUUGAUCUUGUGAUCUUUCCACAUAACAAAAUGAUUUUAAGCCGUGAGUAUUGGUUGCAAUGUAUCAAUUCGUGUGACUAGUCUCUUCAUAUAUGCUAAUUUAUUAAUUAUCUGUCUUACUUACAAACUUUACAAGUGGUUAUUUCAAUAACUUAACUCCUAAAUAAUAGUGGGGAGGUGGGGUCAGUGCAUUUCCUAUAUCAUAGCAUGAACUUUUUGGAGAGAAAAAAAAUUCUAUAGUAUUUAAAAGUAAGAUAUAUGUUAAGAGUUGUACUUUGUUUUUGUUUUGUAUGUGUAAUUGGGCAUUCAUUUGUGCAAGAGCAUAGAAUAGAAAUAUUAUAAAUCUUUGUAAAUGUCAUGCUUUUUAUUGGAAAGAACAUUUUUCUUGAUUAAUUCUAAUUGACCUAAGUCACAGUAUUUCUUUAUAUCAGUAUUUUAUGUAUAUAGUUAGCCUUUAUUUUGACAAAUAGGUCUAAAAUAGCCUAAAACUUGCUAUAAUCGUUUAAUCUCCACAGGAUAGUAACAUUUUUACUCAUUUUGUAUUUUUUCUGAUUUUUUUUCAAUUAAUGAUUUAAGUAAGUGAAAUCUGUUGCCAAUCUUUGUUGAAAUGAAGUGAUUUUUCUAGAAUCAAACAAGUACAUGUAUUUGUUAAUAAACCCACCAAACUCUUGUUUUCCCCACCAUUGUUAAUAUAUGAUUGAUUAAAAAUUCCAUUUUAUUAUCAGUUGCUAUCAUUUUAGUUGUUUUUUAUGAACAUUUACAAUUGUUAUAAGGAAAUGAUGCUUUAGAAUAGCUUUUAAUGCACUGCACUUUAUUUUUCAUCCUAGAAGUCUGCUUUUUACAUUAAUAAUUCUCUUAAAAUAAUGAUAUUGUAUUGUAUUUGCUGAUGAAAAAAAGUUUUGAAGACUUACUGAAUUGUUUCAUAAAUAAACAAAAUAUUCUGAGAUCUGCUGUUUCAACUUUCACAGACAUUGGAAAGGACAUUGGUUACAUACAUGGUAUAAUGUUUUAUUGCCUCAAAUAUCAUUGUUUUUGCAAAAUUUGGUACUAUGGCAAAUGACAUUUUGUUUUUAAUGCAAUAAUUGGUGAGUUUUUAGCAAUAACAUUGAGUGUUUAUCAUAUUUUCAUGAACAUGGAUAUCUAUCUGCAUUUUCAGACCUUGAAAACAUGUAAAUCACCAAUUUCAUGUAAUAUGCUAACUAGUUGAUAUAACAAGCAAAUGUGUAUUUCAUUUCUAACAUUGUCACUGCAUUUAUAUAAAAAUGGAUUAAAAAUCCAUUUUUUUAUGUUUUUGUUUUCAUGUUCAUAAAGUAUUAUCAAACUUUUUUUAAAUCAAAUCUAAUUUGAAUAAUGGAAUUAUGCGUUUUAAUUCAUUAGUAUAUUAUUGAGUUCAGGUCACAAUCAAAAUGAUUUUUUUUUGCUUUAUCUACAGUGUGAACAUGUAUGCUGGAAGAAAUAAUAUUUUAUGAAGUUUUUAUCUAAGACUUGAACAUCCAACAAUAAUAAUCAGUAAGUGGAACGACAAUUAACAAUAAUUUUGUAAAUGGAUUUUGUUUUAUAAUCUGUACAGUCUUGUGAAUAGUGAAUAAAUCAUGUUAUAUUUUUUGGUGAAUAUUUUAUUCAUGUACAUAUAUUUACAUACUGUUUAUGCUUCGUUUUUUAUUUGUUUUAAGGUUGUGUUACAGGAUAACAUUUUAUUGGUUGAGUGUAUAGUAUACAUAUGUUUUAU